AUGCACGCCAUACCCGUGUCUCAAUCGCUACCUGAGACUUUGGAUCCCAACAUAUUCUCAAGCCCCUCAAGUCCAAAGGUCGGAAGUGAACCUCAAGGUCACAUCACAGAGCAGGUGCAAACAAUUUGGAAUCCUUAUAAAAACAGAUACCGAGUUCUAGCAUCUUGCAUUCUAUCAUUUGCCAACGGGAUGAAUGACUCAGCGCCUGGUGCUCUGAUCGCGAGUCUCGAGAGGGAUUACAACAUCGCAUACGGUACCGUCUCGAUCAUUUUCGUGUGCAAUGCGCUUGGUUUUAUAGCCGCUGCCUUCUUCAUCAGCACUCUUUCAACUAGAAUCGGACGAGCAAAAUCUCUGAUGAUCUCCGAAGCCCUGUUGAUGAUUGGGUAUACGGCAAUUGUGACUACCCCGCCAUUUGGAGUUGUCGCAGCGUCUUUCUUCGUGACAGGAGUGGGCAUGGCCAUGAAUCUUGCGAUAUGUCAAGUAUUUUGUGCGAACCUCGCAAAUAAUACGGCUUUGGUGGGUGCGUAUCAAGGAGCUUACGGAAUUGGUGGAAUUUUUGGUCCCUUGAUUGCCACGGCGCUCGUCUCCAGAGGUUCAAAGUGGUCUCGGUUUUAUAUUAUUGAGUUGUGCCUUGCUGCGUUGAAUUUCGGGAUCGCUCCUCGGACAUUCUGGAAGUACGAGCAAGAGUCGAAAUCUCUUCUACCACAGCCUGCCAGCGAGCAGCAAGACCGGGAGAGAGGUACGGUCAAGCGUAAUGAUAGGACGAAAAGGCAGUGGCAAUCAUUCAAGACGUUGAUGUCCAACAAACCAACAGUUCUUGGAGCCCUAUUCAUUUUUGCUUACCAGGGAUCUGAGGUUGCGAUUUCGGGGUGGAUCAUUUCUUUCUUGGUGCAAUUUAGACAUGGAGACCCGAGUAAAGUCGGCUUUGUGACUUCUGGGUUUUGGGCUGGGAUCACUCUAGGACGAUUUACGCUUUCCUUCCUGGCGCAUCGAAUAGGCGAGCGUACAUUCGUAUUCUUCGUUACUGUUGGCGCACUCAUUCUCGAGCUCCUCAUUUGGUUCGUGCCUUCGAUUCCAGGUGACUCCGUCGCUGUUGCGUUCUCGGGUCUUCUCUUGGGACCGGUGUACCCAUGCGCAGUCCACGUUUUCCAACGCCUCAUUCCACGGAAGAUGCAAAUAUCGUCUUUGUCUUUGAUCGGCUCCGUUGGAAGUUCUGGAGGAGCUGUGGCACCAUUUAUGACGGGUAUGUUGGCGCAGCAUGUGGGGACCUUUGUGCUGCAUCCUAUAUGUAUUGGUCUUUUCGUUUGUAUGGGGAUUAGUUGGUUCUUGCUGCCGAAGGCAGAGAGGAGGGACGAGUAA